UUGAAACGUUAUUUGUUUUUCCCGCUCAUAAUAUUUUCGAACGCGUUCGAACUUCGAUAUUUAAAAACUUUGAAAAAUACUUUCGAUUUGUUUUUCCCGAUUUUGUGUUUUCCUUUCAUGACACUGGAUUAAAUUUUGUUGUGCCUGUUUGUGUUUGUGUUUUGUGAAUUUUUGAGUUUUAUUUUUAAUUCCUGAAAAUAAGGGUCAAAAUUUAUUUUGGAACUUUCUUUACUGGACAUGAUAGCGUCAAUUGCGUCUGACUGAAGAUUCUAAAAGAUUAUUUCGACGGUAUCCGCGGACGGACAGCCGCAAUCGGACAUGCAGCGACACAGCUACUGGUGGCACUUGCUCAUUGACCUGCCCAUAUUGCUCUUAGUGGCGGCAAUAUCAAUCCUGUUAGAAGUGGGAGUUCUGCCCAGCAGACGAGCUGGCUUCACCUGCAAGGAUCCUGCACUCUCCUUCCCCUACACAGGAGACACCUUCUCUAUUUCACUAGUGGCUGCCAUCACUAUCGUCAUUCCUUUUCUUGUGCUAUGGUCUGUAGAAGCAAUCCUCCACAGAGAAGAUGAAUACACAUUAAAGAAGAACAAGCUAUGCGUAAGCGCAAAGACCGCAGCGCUACUCUACCGGGACUAUAUACAUGGGGCUGUGGUUGUUUUGACAAUCCUGGAGGUGGUUAAAUGCGUUGUUGGCUUGCCGAGACCUACGUUCUUCGAUUUAUGUGAUCCUGAUACUGGACGAUCUUGUAACGGGUCGGUUUUCAUAACGACGUACAAGUGCCUAUCUUCGAAGUAUUCCCGCUACCUCCAGAUUGAUUCAAGCCGAAGCUUCCCGUCUGCGCACGCCGCGCUUUCAGUACACUGUGGCUUAUUUCUUGCAUGGUACCUCCAGCGGCGAGCGUUCAGUUGGCAUAACCGAUCAGUACUUGCGGUUCCGCUAAUUCAAACAAUUUGCCUGAUUUACGCCGCCGUCUGCUCACUCACGAGGGUCACGGACCACCGACACCAUUGGUGGGACGUGCUGGUUGGAGCAAUGGCUGGUUUUGUCAGUGUUUCAUACACGGUUUUAGUUCUUUGCAAGAAUUUCUCCCAGCCGACCGUAGUAAGCACCAGCGAUCUGUCCAGCAGUGACGGGAACAACCAACAAUCCGUGCGACAUCUGCUCUCCAGCAGGACACAUGUACUCAGACCCUAGCCCGAGGCUGUGUAAGCAAAUGCUUACAGGGAGUAAAACAAUUGUAAAUGUGAUGCUUGCUGAAUGAGAAAUCAUCAUCAGAUCACUUGCCUGGCUUACUUGGAAGUUUAGAAAUAUAUGAGCUCUUUCAGAGGCUUUAAACUAUUUUAAAAAAAUGUUUAAAAGCUUUCAUGCCUGUUGCAUUUGACUGUUAUGUUUAAAAUUGAAAAAAAAAGUUAUUUUUUUUCCCAUACAAAUCCCCAUUAAACGUUCUAGAAUACAUCUGAUCAAUUGUCCUAAUUAGAUCAUGAAGAAUGACUUGGCUAUGAGUACUCAUAAUUUUCUUAAAAAUCGAAGUGAGAAGGAGUUUGCAAGUGAAGAGACUUUAAGUGCUAGUUUUAAUGUUUGUUUAAUGUUUGAUGUUCAAAUAGAAUAGUAGUCGAUGUUCAAAGGGUAGUUCUCACGGUUUAGCCGUUUUUUGUGUAUAGCGGCUUAUAAUAAAUACAAAAAAUAUGUGCACAUUUCUGUAAAAAGGUGUUUUAGAAUGUAAGUAUAAUGCCCAGUAUUUUUAAACUCAAUAUUCCACUACAGUACCUCCCGGCACGCUAAUUUGGCCGUUUUGACAGAUUACAAUAGUGAGGUGAAGUCUCAAUUAAUUCUCGAAAAAAAUAUAAUCAAAUGCAAGUCACAUCUAUAACUUUUUAGAUUUAUAACUAGUAUUGCAAGGGUAGCAGAUU